AUGCUUAGGCGCACUUUUGCUGUAUUGCAGAAGGGCGAGAGAGGUCUGUAUUUUCCCAUUAAUCACCGCAUAGUUGAUCGCAGAAUAGCUCCUGGUGUGACAACAGAGGAGGCGGAUGUACAAUCACGGUAUCGUCGUGAGCUGCGGACGAGUUUCACAACAGGAGAGACACGACAGACAACACCCCCCGCGUGGAGUGCAGAGGUGCGGCCUACGCAUUUUUUGUCUUUACGUCUUCCGGUGAAGAAUGUUCUUGGUGGACGUGUAAAGGAGAUGCAUGAUCAUAUCCUUUUUUCUCACCAGCAGUAUGCCCCUUUACUUGUCCCCCUUGCAAAAUUACACAUUACAUUGGGUGUAAUGACUAUUCCAGAGAUCGAGCAGAAGGAAAUGCUACCACUCAUUCAUGAUGCUCUUGCUGAGGUGUUUUCAUCAGUUCAUCCAUUACAACUUCGCUUUAGAGGAUUGGGAACAUUUGGAUUCGGUCGUGUGCUGUUUAUCCGUGUUCUUCCCGAGGCAGACUUUAGUACUCUGGAUUAUGCAGUGUGUCAGAUUCGGCAAAGAGUUGGAGGCAAGUUGCGUGUGGAUAUAAAGGGCAAUCCACAUGAUUCUUAUGUUCCUCACAUAACCGUAGCAAAAAUUCGACCCAGUCAAAAGGCUCAGUUUGGUAGUAAAAUACCACAUUCUUUAUGGGCUGAGUUUCAGCACCAUAACUUUGGUGAUGUUACAUUUUCGGUAGUUGAUGUAUGUCGCAUGCAAAGCAUUAAAGAUGAGUAUUACCAAACGGAGAGUUCGGUUCAGUUGUCAUAG